AUGCUUUAUAUCUUUCUGUUACUUGAUAUUGACUUGAAUAUUCUUAUUGAAUACGGUGGUAUCAUAAAUAUCGCCAACAGCUGUGGCAACAGUCUUCAUAACACUGUCAAGUCGCACCCUCUUGCCUCGACUCAUAUGGUUUCAGCAUUAAUCCAGUUCUACAUUGAUGUCGAGUCUACUGGUGCCUCGAGUGAGUUCUACGAUAAGUUCACUAUUCGCUACAACAUCGCCUGUCUCUUCAUCUCACUUUGGCGUGACGGAUUCCUUAAGAGCCACUUUGUCCGAGAGGCAGAGUACGUUAGUCUUCUUUAA